AUGGAACUAAAAGAAGAAACGAAAGAGGAUCCAGUCUAUGUAUUGUUGGUGCUAGAUAUAAUUUCAGUAACAAUGCUUUCAUUGUCAGUAGUCUUCAACUUACUUGGUAUGUACCUGCUGACACAGCUCAAAUCUCGACGUAAUAUGGGUCAAAUAUCGCUUCUAAUCUCAAUGAGUCUAUCAGAAGUUCUCAUAGCUCUUGUUGAUGUUGUCUAUAUGAUUGUGAAAUUUGCAGGAUUGGAUGAAGAGACUUCAAAUAUUUUUGUAUAUUGCGAAGAGGUUAUUGCUGGUCUGUUUUUCACUUAUUAUGCAGUUUUAUUUAUGUUAACAUUCGACAGACUGUUAGCGUUCGUGUUGCUUUUAAAAUACCAUAGCAUUGUGACUAUAAAAAGAACACGGUAUUGUAUAGUUGUUGUAUGGAUUGGAGGGUUUAUUAUUGUUUUUCCAUUCUUCUUUCUGAGUCCAGAUACAUUUUUUGAGACAUGGUAUAAAUAUGUAUACUUGAUUCUGGAUGGUAUAAUUCUAACCACUGUUUUUAUAACGUAUUCAUAUAUCUUUAACAAAGCUUCUAGGAAGCGCAGAACAGUAGCGUCUGGUGUUGCAGGCAGAGAAAAGAUGUUUGUUGUGACAACUAUAAUUAUCGCAACUUUUGUUCUACUUGUGGUUAUUCCCGAUAUAUUAUACGCGUAUCGGUUUGUAAUCCACAAAAUGGGAAGUGAUGUGGAGGAGAGCAUUAUUGGAAUGUGUUGGGAAUUAAAUUAUAUUACCGAUCCUUGCGUGUAUACGUUUCUUCAAAAGGAUGUACGUAAAGUCUUACGACAAAAACUAUCGACAAUAUAUCACAGAGUAUUGUGCAGCAAGAAGUCAAGCUAUGCCGUGUCUCAAAAUGGAACCAGUCAUAUUUCUUAUUUUACUAACGAAGUCGCAAACGUAAAUAUUUAUCGAAAUAGUAGAUCUUAUGACACUGGAACAUAA